ACCAUUAGAUCCAAAAAAAAUAAAAAAACUUGAAACGCAAACAUCCAAAUAAGCUUUACAAUUAACGAGGAGCGCACCUCCAAAUUUCAAAUUUCUCCUUCAUCCCGCUUCUCUCUCUCUCCUCUUUCCACACUUCAAACUUUUAGAGAGAGAAAAUUUUACUUACAAAUUCAUUCAAAUCGAAAAAAGUCACAGAAAAAUUUGCAGAUCUUCAGCCUUUUCUCUUUCUCUUCAACAUUUGAAGAGAAAUUUGAACAACAAAAAUGUCGAAUAAGGAGAAAGGUGUUAAUGUUCAAGUCAUUCUUCGUUGCAGGCCGUUUAGCGAUGAAGAGCUGCGGAAUAAUGCGCCGCAAGUUGUUACUUGUAAUGAUUAUCAGAGGGAAGUUGCUGUUUCUCAGAAUAUUGCUGGCAAACAUUUUGAUAGGGUUUUCGCUUUUGAUAAGGUAUUUGGUCCAACAUCCCAGCAAAGAGAACUAUAUGAUCAAGCAAUUACCCCCAUAGUGAAUGAAGUUCUAGAGGGAUUUAACUGUACCAUUUUCGCGUAUGGUCAAACUGGUACAGGUAAAACAUAUACAAUGGAAGGUGACUGUAAAAAAAACAAGAGCGGUCCGAAUGGAGAACUACCCAUUGGAGCAGGAGUCAUACCUAGAGCUAUUAAGCAGAUAUUUGAUACAUUGGAGAGUCAAAAUGCUGAGUAUAGUGUAAAGGUCACUUUUUUGGAGUUGUAUAAUGAAGAAAUUACUGAUUUAUUGGCACCAGAAGAAAUUUCGAAAGCUGCUCUGGAGGAUAGGCAGAAGAAGCAGCUGCCUCUUAUGGAGGAUGGUAAAGGAGGUGUGCUGGUCAGGGGGUUGGAAGAGGAAAUUGUCACCAGUGCUAGUGAGAUCUUUACCCUACUUGAAAGGGGAUCAGCCAAACGUCGCACUGCUGAAACUCUUCUAAAUAAACAAUCAAGUCGAUCACAUUCUUUGUUUUCUAUUACCAUACACAUUAAAGAAGCAACACCAGAAGGGGAAGAGCUCAUCAAAUGUGGAAAGCUUAAUUUGGUUGAUUUAGCAGGAUCAGAGAAUAUUUCUCGGUCUGGGGCUCGUGAGGGUCGUGCAAGAGAAGCUGGAGAGAUUAACAAAAGUCUACUCACACUAGGGCGAGUUAUCAAUGCUCUGGUAGAGCAUCUUGGACAUAUUCCCUACAGGGAUAGCAAACUCACAAGAUUAUUGCGUGAUUCACUUGGUGGACGGACAAAGACAUGCAUCAUAGCAACAGUGUCACCUGCCGUCCAUUGUCUUGAGGAGACCUUAAGCACUUUGGACUAUGCACACAGAGCUAAGCAUAUCAAGAACAAGCCAGAGAUAAAUCAAAAAAUGAUGAAAUCAACACUGAUAAAAGAUCUCUAUGGUGAAAUUGAGAGACUGAAGGGAGAGGUUUAUGCUGCACGAGAAAAAAAUGGAGUAUAUAUUCCAAAAGAUCGUUACUACCAAGAAGAAACUGAACGAAAGACAAUGGCUGAUCAGAUUGAGCAGAUGGGAGUCACAAUUGAGAACCAGCAGAAGCAAGUUGAAGAUUUGCAAGGAAGAUAUGCUGCUCAAGUUCAAGAAUGCUCUGACUUGAGUCGAAAGCUUGAUUCAACACAGAAAGACUUGAGUCUCACUAGAAAAUUGCUAACUGGCACUGAAGAGGAACUGAAGAAAAGCAAAUACACUCUUAAAGAAAAAGAGUUUAUAAUAUCCGAGCAGAAAAAAGCAGAGAGAGUAUUGACUCAUCAAGCUUGUGAGUUGCGCUCAGACCUGGAGAAAGCCCUUCAAGAUAAUGCCUCACUACAUUCAAAAAUUGAUAGAGAGGACCAGCUUAGUGCUGAUAACAAGUCAGUGGUGGAAAAUUACCAAACUGAGCUUUUAAAGCGACUUGGUUCCCUUUGCAGUACAGUAGCUUCUUCCAUGUCUCAACAAAAUGAAAACCUACAAAGUAUUGAUAAGCUCUGCCAUUCAAUGAUUCAUAACCAUAAUGAGGCUGUGACUGAUUUGAAGAAAAAAGUGGUGGCUUCAAAGACUUUGUAUAUUUCCCAUGUUGAUGCUCUACAAAAUGUUGUUCGUUUGCACAAAGCAGGCACUGAUGCUAAUUUGGAGGAGAUGGCUUCUCUAGCUUCUUCCAAUACUAGGUCUAUUGAAGAGUUUCUUGAGGUUGAGGAUGGCAAAGCAAUGUCUAUAUAUGAUGAUCUUCAAGCAACUCUUGCAAGCCACCAAGGGGAAAUGGCACUUUUUGCCCGGGAACUGCGUCAGAGGUUUCAUGAUAGCAUUGAGCACAUGAAGGGGAUUGCAGAAUUCAUAAAUAUUUAUUUGCAAAAGAUGACUGAAGAAUCGAGCAAGCUUGGUGUUCAUGCAUCUCAGAUUGAGAAGAUUCAGAUAAAUAGUAUUUCUGAAUUCCAGAAAGCAUUUGAGGAACAAUCUAGAUCUGAUGCUGAAAAGCUUCUAGCCGAUGUGACUGAUUUAGUAACCAGCCACAUUCGUCGUCAGAAAGAGAUGGUUGAUGCAAGACUCAUUGAUCUUCGAGAGACUGCUAUUGCAAACAAAGUUUACUUGGAUGAGCAUGUUUCAUCUUUGGAGGGCUUCACAACUGAUGCAAAACGAAAAUGGCAGACAUUCUCGAUGCAGGCUGAGAGUAAUACGAAUGAUAAUGCUGAUUACUCAGCAGCUCAACAUUGUAGCAUGGAGUUGCUUUUACAGAAAUGUGUGAGCACGGCUGAGACGGCUUCCAAGCAGUUGAAGACGACUCAUGAGUCUGUAAAUGAGAAAUGCAGUAAUCAAGCUUCAACGAUGAUUUCUUUAGUGAGGAGCAUGUUAGAAAGCCAUGAGCAGCAUGAUUCAGAAGUUGAUUCUGCAAGGGUUGCAGCUGGUCAAGAUGCAGCUAAAUGCAGUGAAGAUAUUGUGCACGAUCUAGAUAGAUUGUCGGAGAGGCAAAAUGGAGAAAUGUCGGGUAUAUGUUCAUCUGUCAAAACUCAGGUAGAGAACCUUGAAGUUUUCAGGGAGGAUCAUGCUGGGCAGGUUGUAUGUAUUGAAAAUGAGGCACAGACGACUUUCCAGCAGAGAUAUAUGGAUUAUGAACCAACUGGGGCGACACCAGUAAGAUGUGAGACAGAUGUUCCAAGCAAGGGCACUAUUGAGGCCUUGUGCACCAUGCCAAUGGAUACUCUUUUAGAAGAAUUUCGAGAAAAUCAUCCUUAUGAGUCAGUGGAAGAUAAAGAAGUAAAACCUUCUCUCAUACCACGAUCACCCUUAGUAGAACGGAACUGA